AUGACCGCAUUCGACUCAUUCAUCAACGGUUCUUACCUGAUGAUACCGGAUGAUCACAACCUUGACGGGGUAAUGAUGCAGGAUGGCGACGACGACGACCUUCUUUCUGUAGCCGCGGCCUCCGAACUGCAUGAGUUUUCGCACCUCAACUUUCCGUCAGUUGAUCUACCGCUGCCUGGAUUCAUUUCUCCUGUCUCCCUAAUGCACUCUCCACCGGCUACUUCCAAACGUCAAAAAUUCCGCCGAAGGCCUUCUGCCGGCGGCAGAAAGCCUGACCGUUGUCGCAAAACCUCACCGGCCAGUGUUUCUUCGUUGGUCACGUCAAAGGCCGAUUUGCCGAUGAGCUUGAAUCUGAACCCGAAAUGGAGUCCAUGCCUGGUGAGCGUAAAGACGUUGAGCAGCGAGUUCUCCACAACCAUGUGGACCAGUUCAGAUGAUCUUGGUGACAAUUCGUGCAUCGACUUUCCAUGUUCGCCUUCGAACUCGCUGUCGUUGGAUGCCUACGACGACUGUCAGCCGAAUGACGUGUUGGUUGACGACGGCUUCUGCAAAGGCGAUGCGAACUUGAGAUUGCAGAGGAACGAGGCAACCGCCGGCGCCGUCAAGCGAUUCGCUGCCUCAACCGUUGGCACCUUCGACCUGGCCGACAAAAAGCAGCUGGCUGAAUUCGCAAAAAUUCGUCCGAAACGCCUUGUCGACGAUUAUCUCAAGACUGUCGCAUGUCCUCACAAGGGCUGCAACAAGAGGUUUCGGGACAACUCUGCGAUGCGAAAGCACCUGCAUACUCACGGCCCACGAGUCCACGUCUGUCCCGAGUGCGAAAAGGCGUUUGUAGAAGCGAGUAAACUUAGGCGGCAUCAGUUGGUGCACACAGGCGAAAAACCGUUUAAGUGUACGUUCGAGGGAUGCGGCAAAAGGUUUUCUCUCGAUUUCAAUCUUCGAACUCAUGUUCGGAUCCAUACUGGUGAUUUGCAUACUUGUUUAAAGUGCUUCUGUUUAAAGUUGUAA